CCGCUCCUCCACUCUCUUGUCGCCGUAGAGAGAAUGGCCGCCGUCGCCGGUCUGCAACUCUCAGCUCCGGUCCACGGCCACGCCUCACUAAGCUCAGCCAGCUCAACUCUCUUCAUGGCGUCCCUGCUCUCAUUUCCACCAUCCACUCCCUCCGGAAGAGCGUCGUUUUCUCGCAAACGACUCGUCGUUUUUGCUCGCAAGCUUUCCGGCUUGGAAGAGGCCAUGAGAAUCAAAAGAAUGCGCGAGACUCAGAUCGUGACAAAAGGUAAAAGAAGGGCGCCGUUGAAGCGUGGGAGAGUGUCGCCAACGCUUCCUGUUCCUGAUGACAUUCCACGGCCUCCUUAUGCAGCUACUUCUAUACUGCCAGAGAUUGCCAGUGACUAUCAGUUUCCUGGUCCCGAAGGCAUUGCUGCCAUGAGAGCUGCAUGUGAACUUGCUGCCCGCGUCUUAGAGAAUGCAGGGAAGUUAGUUAGGCCUUCGGUAACCACUAAUGAAAUUGACAAAGCAGUGCACCAGAUGAUUAUUGAUGCUGGUGCUUAUCCUUCACCUCUUGGUUAUGGGGGAUUUCCAAAGAGUGUAUGCACAUCUGUUAACGAGUGCAUGUGCCAUGGAAUACCUGAUUCUCGUCAAUUACAGGAUGGAGACAUCGUAAACAUAGAUGUUACUGUCUACCUAGAUGGAUACCAUGGAGACACAUCAAAGACAUUUCUUUGUGGGGAGGUCAGUGAUAGUAUGUGGCGGCUAGUGAAGGUAACUGAAGAAUGCUUGGAGAAAGGCAUAGCAGUUUGCAAGGAUGGUUCUAGCUUCAAAAAAAUUGGAAAGAGAAUUAGUGAACAUGCUGAAAAAUUUGGUUAUGGCGUGGUAGAGCGUUUCGUUGGGCAUGGUGUUGGUACUGUAUUUCAUUCUGAACCAUUGAUAUUACAUCACCGCAAUGAUCAGCCUGGUAAAAUGGUUGAAGGUCAGACAUUUACCAUUGAACCAAUCCUAACUAUGGGUAGCAUCGAGUGCGUAACAUGGCCAGACAACUGGACAACUCUAACCACCGAUGGUAGCCCUGCCGCACAGUUUGAGCACACCAUUCUGAUAACUAGAACUGGUGCUGAAAUAUUAACCACAUGUUGAUAUGGUAUAGGUAAUUUGGCCGGUUAGUAAAACACCAGCAACGUUGUGCCGGGAUUUUGAUAAUGCAGCCCGAACUUCAUUGCUCACCGUCCAAGUCCCCGUGACGGCGAAGCUUCGGUCAAUCAACAUGUGCUCCUUCCGGCCGAUCUCGUGUAUAUAUAACUUCAGUGCUAGUGAAUUUUCCCACCUUGAAUGAGGCACCCAGUCAAUCCUUGGAAACAUCCAAGCCUGAUUGCCUAUUUUGUUGUUUGCUAUGUGGCAUUAUGUGGUGGUGUGGCUGAACAUGCUGGACCCUUUAGAUUGGUCAUAUAAUUCUGUAAAAGCAAUUGACAUUUUAGAGACUUUGGAAUUCAGCUCAAGUGAGAUUGGAAAGUCGCAACAUGAAUUUUUUUUAUUUUAAAAGACCAAUAAGAAUCCACGUGGGAAAACACUAUACCAC